CUUCUAAGUAUAGUUGAAGAUAUAAUAAUAUGAAUAUGGCAACAAUAACCAAAAUGUUGUUUAUGUCUUUUGCUUUCCUUUCAAGUGCAUUUCUUGCAAGAUCUGGAGAAGUUGAUUAUGAGAGUGAGUUUAGUUACGUUGAAAACGCGGAGAUUAAUGGACCAGCUAACUGGAGCAAUAUUCAUCCAAAUUGGAUCAAAUGCAAAACUGGAAAAAUGCAGUCUCCAAUUGAUUUUCCUAACAAUAAGGUUGAAAUUGUUUCCAAUUUAGGAAUACUUCAAAAAUUCUACAAACCAUCAAAUGCCACUCUCUUGAACAGAGGCCAUGAUAUAAUGUUGAGAUGGGAUGAUGGAGGAUUUUUGAAGAUAAAUGGCACUCAAUAUCGACUUAAACAAGUUCAUUGGCACACACCUUCUGAACAUACCAUCGAUGGAAAAAGGUUUGAUAUGGAGGGUCAUUUGGUACAUGAAACGAAUGAUGGAAAGAAUAUUGCAGUCAUUGGAAUCCUUUACGAGAUUGGAUUAUUUCCUGAUCUCUUCCUAACUAUGAUAGAGAAGGAUUUAGAAGCUCUUAGACUUGCAGAUCAAAAAGCCAUUGGAAUUAAUUAUCCAAAUCUAAUAAAAAUAGAUGAAAAAAGAUAUUACAGGUAUAUGGGCUCCUUAACAGUACCAGCUUGCACUGAAAAUGUUAUUUGGACUAUUGAUGGAAAGGUUAAAACUGUAACCAGAAAACAAAUUCAACUGCUCCGAGAUGUUGUUCAUGAUGGAUUCGAAUACAAUGCCAGACCAAUUCAGCCAUUAAACGGACGUCCUAUCAAAUUCAACAAACCUUGGUCAUUUGCUUGA